AUGACCGACUUGGCUGACCGACAAUUGCCCCCGAAUCCCGCCGACGCCGGUGAGCCGGCUGCGCUCCGUCCACGCCUGCCCGACUGGCUAAAGGUGCGUAUGCCGGGUGGCCCGCGUUACAUCGAACUCAAGCAGUUGAUGCGCGAUAGCCAGCUCCAUACCGUGUGCGAAGAAGCCCACUGCCCCAACAUCGGUGAAUGCUGGGAGCGGUCGGCGGCAACGUUCAUGAUCCUGGGCGACAUUUGUACACGAGCCUGCGCCUAUUGCGCCGUAACCACUGGUCGGCCCGGCGCCCUGGAUCUGGGCGAACCGUUCCGUCUGGCGGCAACCGUCAAACGCAUGGGCCUGAAAUACUGCGUCGUCACGUCGGUCAAUCGCGACGACCUGGACGACGGUGGCGCUGCGAUAUUUGCCGCCUGCAUCAAGCAGGUUCGUGCCGCCGUCCCCGACUGCAGACUGGAAGUUCUCAUCCCCGAUUUCGAAGGCGACGAGCUGGCUUUGCGGAAAGUUGUAAACGCAAAACCUCAUGUGCUGAAUCACAACAUCGAAUCGGUCGAGAGAGUAUUUCGCCGCGUCCGACCCAGGGGCGAUUACCGCCAGUCUCUCGAUCUGCUGCAAAAGGUGAAAACCAUCGACCCGAACAUGGUCACCAAAUCGGGCAUCAUCGUGGGUAUGGGCGAAACCACGGACGAAUUGCAUCAGACCAUGGCAGACCUCCGCAGCGUGGAUUGCGACCUGUUGACGAUAGGCCAGUAUCUACGCCCGUCGAUCAAGCACACUCGCAUCGACCGAUUCUACACCCCCGACGAAUUCGAUGCGCUACGUCAAAUUGGGGAACAAUUGGGCUUCAAACACGUCGCAUCGGGGCCAUUGGUUCGUUCGUCGUACCACGCCGAUGAGCAGCACGAGGCGGCCGCGGUCGCGCAUCAACGGGCAUAA